CCACCUCUCGAACCGGCUCCACGGCAGCCCUCCCACCUGCAACUCUAUCAAAGGUUUGCCAAGUACAAGUUGUGCCCCGCUGAAUUAUUGCGAUUUCUAGUUCGGAAGAGUGAUAAUUUCUAUCAGUUAUGGAAGCAACGGUGAGGCAUCAGCUUGCCCAGGCAGAUACUACAGCCGGCCUGCAUUUUCGCAAUACGUCCGUUCCUUAUGCCUGUCCAAUACCCAGCGGCCUUACCUAUGGAUCCAGGAUCUACAUACAAGGAUUGGUACCUAAGGUAUCCUUACGGUUUUCCGUUAAUCUUCAGAGAGGAACUGGGGAGGACAGCGACAUAUUCCUCCAUUUUAACCCGCGCUUUGAACCGACGGACCAAGCUGUUGUCUGCAACAGCCGCAAGGCGAAAUCGUGGGGUAGUGAAGAACGUGAGGGAAAAUCCCCUUUCGCCCAGGGACGACCCUUUCUACUCAUCAUCACGCCCUUCGCCCAGGGCUAUGAACUGGAGGUUAAUGGGGUUCCUUUCACGACGUUCAAUUAUCGAGAGGGACUGGCGCUUGCCGAUGUCACUCACCUGUGCAUCAACGGGAACGUCUACAUCAGGUCGAUACACAUACCUGUUUCCACAAUGCCGAAGCGAUUACGCGUCACUGUACCAGGGAAGGCUAAGGUCGGAGACGUUUUCACAGUUAGGGGGGAGGUACCAGCGGGAGCAGAGAGGUUUGUACUAAACCUCCAAGACGGGCCAGGCAUGGAAGAAGACAUAGCAUUACACAUCAACCCGCGCUUUGGCGAGGGUGUCAUUGUUCGCAACGAUCGUAAGAAAGGCAAAUGGGGUGCGGAGGAAAGCGAAGGAGACAUGGUGCUGUCUCCUGGUGGGACCUUCAUCAUCCAGGUGCACGUUCUAGAAGAGGCUUUCAAGAUGAUGAUCGACGGGAGCCACUUCGCGCAUUUCGUCCACAGACACAAGGUCAACAAGACUGGGAACAUCAUCGUGGAAGGCGAUGUUCUCCUGCACGACGUCCGCGUAGAGUCAACAUUGCCGCAAGACGUGCCACUCGAGUCUGAGGACAACUGGAAUCCUAUUCCCGAUGUUCCUGAAGAGCUGCAAUACGUGAGUGAAAUGCCUCAACUUCUGGCAGAAAUGAUGGAAUCCAGCCCACCCAAGUUGGAACUUUUACAACCGGCGAAACCGUUCUCCCGGAGGCUUCCGUCAGUCAUGUCUCCUGGUACUCGAGUGAUUGUUUCAGGAAUGGUGGACGAGAAUCCAACAAGGUUUUACAUCAACCUGCAGACGGACGUGGGAGACACCGCCGACAUAGGACUGCACUUCAAUCCUCGUUUCGAUGACAAAGCGUCCGUUAGGCUUAAUUCUCGGGAUCACGAUUCAUGGCAGGAGGAAGUAACAGUCGCUGAGAAACCGCCCUUCUUCGCAGGAAAACCUUUCUAUGUUGACAUUGAGUGUCAAAAUGACGGCUACAACAUCGUUGUGAACAAGAAGUUCCUCGCCCACUUCCCUCAUCGACUUGAUAUGGAACGCAUCGACUACUUGACAAUCGACGGCAGCAUCACCAUCGACCGUGUCGCCGUCCUUUGAGCGGCGGACGAAAUACGCAAACUGCGUUCUGCUGGCUUUCAGCUUGGAAGACAACCUAGAUUCGUGGAUGUAGUGUUGAUGCUUACAAUGAUGCGUGGUAAAACCGACCCAAAUUGUAUGUACUGUCCGCGGAUAAUGCGCGUCUUUCAAAUUGAACGUGAGCUUUGCCUAGGCAGCGACGGUCUAACGUCUUCAGUGAAUGAAACUGUGAUGUGUUUCGUUUCACCAUUGUCUUCUUUCUUGCCUUAGUGCCUAUAUGUAGCAUAUUUGCAUGGUGUUUGCAUAUUUUGAUGCUGUUGCAAUGUACAAAACGUUAAAAACGCGUGCUAGAACUAGCUCCACUUUCUUUUGGCUACAGCUACUGCAGUAAUUAAGUGGCCUUGCAACGCAAGCUAUCAGUCCACAUGACACUUCUCUGGUGGAAUAUGUUAUGUACUGUUCAAAGUAGGAAUGUUACGCUUUUAUUGUAUAGGACAGAACUGCUUAGCUUGCACAACUAGUCGCACGCAGCGCUGUUAUCGAUAAAUACGCUAUGACAGUUUGUUUCCGCGCAGGGGAGAUGGGAGAGUUUCGAGAAACCACGUGACGUCUGUCCACUGAUAUGCAAGCAAUAAGGGCUUAUUCGUAGAAACCACGUGCGCCUCCACUUAAAAUAUUACCCUCUUCGUUGGGAGAGGGACCAAUCAGGUUGUUCCACGUACAGUAGAGGAGAGAUGGAAACUGGGGGACUGCGCAGAUAGCUGACCUCCUUGCAUAGCGUAUAUCAACGGCAUGUUAAAGGAAAGGUAAGGUGCUUCCAUGGGUGCUUGUAAUAUAUGCUAUUUUGAGUUUGAGGAUGAUGCACACUUCUGCGGUAUUCUUUGUAACACGAUAAGCGCCGUUUAUUUUGUUAAUAAAUCUCGUAACGUGGCAAUGUCCGAGGUUGAAAUUUGA